UCUUCUACCAGCUCGGUCCAACAUGGGACGUGUCAGGACAAAAACCGUGAAAAAGGCCGCUCGGGUCAUUAUUGAAAAGUACUACACCCGGCUGGGCAGCGACUUCCACACAAACAAGAGAGUAUGUGAGGAAAUCACAAUCAUCCCAAGCAAGAAAUUACGAAACAAGAUUGCUGGAUAUGUCACACAUCUGAUGAAACGAAUCCAGAGAGGGCCUGUCAGAGGUAUCUCCAUCAAACUUCAGGAGGAGGAGAGAGAAAGGAGGGAUAACUAUGUCCCUGAGGUAUCUGCCCUGGAUCAGGAGAUUAUUGAGGUUGAUCCUGACACUAAGGAAAUGCUGAAGUUGCUGGACUUCGGCGGUCUGUCCAACCUGCAAGUCACUCAGCCCACAGUGGGGAUGAACUUCAAAACACCAAGGGGUGGCAUUUAGAUGUUUGUACUAUAAUCUUUCCAAUAAACUUGGGGAAAACCAAAAAAAAAAAAAAAAAAAAAAAAAAAAAGAA